CACAUGAAAUUGCGCACAGGAAGUGCAUCGCACGGAACGCGUCGUUUGAACGUGAAUGUUUUGUAGUAGCAUGCUGGUUGCUUUAUCUAGUUUGCACUGAGUGCUUACCGCCAACAAGGCUACAUGUAAAGUUACCGGGGGAUUUUGAACUCGUCCGCACAGUCUGUUUCGGAAACAUGGAGAAAGUCACGUACAUGAAGAAGACGUCUGCGCCGUCUGUGUCCCAAAUCAAUGCAGAAUAUGUUACACAGCUGGCAAAUAAAUACUGGGCACCUCAUUCCAAGAAUAAACUGCCCUUUGAUCCAAAGGUCAUGGAGGAUAUCUACCAGAAGGAAAUUCUGCAGUCCAAGUUUGCAAUUAGGAAAAUCAUGCUCCUGGAGUUCAGUCAGUACCUGGAGAAUUACCUGUGGGUGAACUACGCCCCGGAAGUGUCCAGCUACGCCUAUCUCAUGACCAUCUGCUGCAUUGUCAAUGAAAAGUUCAGAGAGAAUGUUCCUGCCUGGGAGGUUUUUAAGAAGAAACCCGAGCACUUUCCGUACUUCUUCAAGUGUGUGAUGGAGGCGUCGCUGAUCGAGGAAAACGCCAGCCUCUCCCUCCGGGAACAGACGGUGCUGCUGCUCUUCCUCGAUCACUGCUUCAACAGUCUGGAAGUGGACUUGAUCAGGGAGGAAGUGCUGCGGCUCUUCUCCCCACGCAUGUGGACGUGUCUGCUGCCUUCCCGCCUCCAGCUGGAACUGAAGAAAGUGCCGAAGCUGCAGAAAGUGUGGAAGUCCGUCAAGAAGAACUAUGACAAGAUGGACGAGAAGGCGGCCGCGCAGGCUAAUAAGGAGAGGACAUUUCUCUCGUUGCUCAUUAAGAAAUUCCUGGGAGUUCUGACGUCAAUCUCGCCGUCCGGGCCCAUCUCCAUGGAGAAGGUGCAUUACUGCGAAAGGUUCAUCGAGCUCAUGAUUGACCUCGAGGCUCUGCUCCCAACGCGGCGCUGGUUCAACACCGUGCUGGACGACUCGCACCUGGUGGUCAGCUGUCACCUGUCCAACCUCCCCCGAAGAGAGAGAGAGGGGCAUCUCUUCUGCCAGCUGCUGGACAUGCUGAAGUUCUACACGGGCUUCGAGAUCAACGACCAGACCGGCAUCGCCCUCACGGAGAACGAGAUGACCACGCUGCACUACGAGCAAAUCACCUCCCUCCAGAGGGCGGCUUUCGCUCACUUCCCCGAGCUGCAGGACUUCGCCCUGUCCAACGUGGCGGCCGUGGACACACGGGACUCCCUCACCAAGCUGUUCGGCCAGCUCAGUCCCAACACUCUCCACCAGGUGGCAUCGUACCUCUGUCUCUUGCCCGAGCUGCCUGACGGACAGGACACGACCUAUGAGAACGAGGUCCUCCUUGAACUUCUGGUGUCUCGCCACGAGAGACGAACCUCCCAGAUCGAGCAGCUAAACCAGAUGCCCCUGUACCCCACGGAGAAGAUUAUCUGGGAUGAGAACAUCGUGCCUACUGAGUAUUAUUCGGGAGAAGGUUGCCUGGCUCUGCCCAAACUGAACCUGCAGUUCCUCACUCUGCACGACUACCUCCUGAGGAACUUCAACCUCUUCCGCCUGGAGUCCACCUACGAGAUCAGGCAGGACAUCGAGGACGUGGUCUCGCGCAUGAAGCCAUGGCAGUCGGAGUAUGGGGGCGUGGUUUUCGGAGGCUGGGCCCGAAUGGCGCAGACCAUCCUCUCCUUCUCCAUCGUGGAAGUGGCCAAGCCCAACAUCGGCGAGAACUGGCCCGCCAGAGUCCGGGCUGACAUCACCAUCAACCUCAACGUGCGGGACCAGAUCAAGAGGGAGUGGGAAGGGCUGCGGAAGCACGACGUCUGCUUUCUGGUCACGGUGCGGCCCAACCUGCCCUACGGCACGCGGCUGGACCGCCGCCAGCCCUUCGUGGAGCAGACGGGCCUGGUGUACGUGCGCGGCUGCGAGGUGCAGGGCAUGCUGGACGAGAAGGGCCGCGUCAUCGAGGAAGGUCCCGACCCCAAACCCAAACUGAAGGGCGACGCCAGAACCUUCCGCGUGUGGCUGGACCCCAACCAGUACCAGCAGGACAUGACCAACAGCAUCCAGCACGGGGCCGAGGACCCCUACGAAACCUUCAACAUCAUCAUGAGGAGGAAGCCCAAGGAGAACAACUUCAAGGCGGUCCUGGAGACCAUCAGGAACCUGAUGAACACGGAGUGCGUCGUCCCGGACUGGCUGCAUGACAUCAUCCUGGGCUACGGCAACCCGGGCAGCGCCCACUACUCCAAGAUGCCCAACCAGAUCGGCACGCUGGACUUCAACGACACCUUCCUGUCCAUCGACCACCUGAAGGCCUGUUUCCCCGGCUACGAUGUGAAGGUGACGGAGGAGAGCCCCGCCCUGCAGGUCCCCCCCUUCAGGAUCAAAUUUCCGGAGAGAAGCGUGAAGGGGAAGAAGCGCAAGGCGGACGAGGCCGAGGAGGACGAGGCGAUGGAGGAGGAGGACGAUCGCACGCUGGUGGUGGAGCCGCACGUGAUCCCCAACAGGGGCCCGUACCCCUACAACCAGCCCAAGCGCAAUACUAUCCAGUUCACGCCGACGCAGAUUGAAGCUAUCCGGGCAGGAAUGCAGCCAGGACUUACUAUGGUUGUGGGACCUCCAGGUACGGGGAAAACUGAUGUGGCUGUGCAGAUCAUCUCCAAUCUCUAUCACAACUUCCCAGAGCAGAGGACGCUCAUAGUGACGCAUUCCAAUCAGGCCCUCAACCAGCUGUUUGAGAAGAUCAUGGCGCUGGACAUCGACGAGCGCCACCUCCUGCGUCUGGGCCACGGAGAGGAGGCGCUCGAAACCGAGAAGGACUUCAGCAGGUACGGGAGAGUGAACUACGUGCUGGCUCGCCGGCUGGAGCUCCUGCGGGAGGUGGGCCGGCUGCAGGAGAGCCUGGACGUGCCGGGAGACGUGUCCUACACCUGCGAGACCGCCGGACACUUCUACCUGUACCAGGUGGUGUCCCGCUGGGAGCAGUUCACCAGCAGGGUGAAGCCCAAACCGGGCCGGCCGGUGAGCGCGGGGGACGUGGCCGACUGCUUCCCCUUCCACAAGUACUUCUCCAACGCGCCCCAGCCCGUCUUCAGGGGCCUGUCCUACGAGGAGGACAUGGACAUCGCCGAGGGCUGCUACCGCCACAUCCGCAAGAUCUUCACCCAGCUGGAGGAGUUCCGGGCCUUUGAGCUGCUCCGCAGCGGGCUGGACCGCUCCAAGUACCUGCUGGUGAAGGAGGCCAAGAUCAUCGCCAUGACGUGCACCCACGCCGCCCUCAAACGCCACGACCUGGUGGAGCUGGGCUUCAAGUACGAUAACAUCUUAAUGGAGGAGGCCGCGCAGAUCCUGGAGAUCGAGACCUUCAUCCCUCUCCUGCUGCAGAACCCAGAGGACGGCUUCAGCCGCCUCAAGCGCUGGAUCAUGAUCGGGGACCACCACCAGCUGCCCCCCGUCAUCAAGAACAUGGCCUUCCAGAAGUACUCCAACAUGGAGCAGUCUCUGUUCACCCGCUUCGUGCGUCUGGGCGUGCCCACCGUGGACCUGGACGCCCAGGGUCGAGCCCGGGCCAGCCUCUGUAACCUGUACAACUGGCGCUACAAGCAGCUGGGGAACCUCCCUCACGUCCAGCUGCUGCCCGAAUUCCGUGCCCCCAACCCGGGCCUGGCCUACGACUUCCAGCUCGUCAACGUGGAGGACUUCAACGGCGUGGGCGAGUCGGAGCCCAACCCGUACUUCUACCAGAACCUGGGGGAGGCGGAGUACGCGGUGGCUCUCUACAUGUACAUGCGGUUGCUGGGAUACCCGGCCGAGCGAAUCAGCAUCCUCACCACCUACAACGGGCAGAAGCACCUGAUCCGGGACGUCAUCAACCAGCGCUGCGCCGGGAACCCCUUUUUCGGCCAACCCAACAAGGUGACCACCGUGGACAGGUUCCAGGGCCAGCAGAACGAUUACAUCAUCCUGUCGCUGGUGCGCACCAAGGCCGUGGGACACCUGAGGGACGUUCGGAGGCUGGUGGUGGCCAUGUCGAGGGCCCGGCUGGGCCUGUACAUCUUCGCGCGCGUGUCGCUGUUCCAGAACUGCUUCGAGCUGACCCCAGCCUUCGCCCAGCUGACCGCCCGGCCCCUGCAGCUGCACAUACGGCCGGACGAGUACUACAGCCCCGGACGACCGUUGGAAACCCGCUCCGCCCACCCUAAUCAGGUGAUCAAGAACAUGCCGGAGAUGGCCAAUCUGGUGUACAACAUGUACAUGCACAUGAUCCAGAGCACACAGCAGUACAGACAGCAGCAGGCGCUUCUCCCUCCUCCAAGCCAAGUGGAGGCUGCAGCGGAGGAGGCUGCAGACGGUGCAGCCGAGGAUGCGCAGACGCAGCCGGAGCCUGAGCAGAUGGAGCAGACCCCCAGCGGGGCGCAGGAGCCCCAGAAGAGCUCUGAGGGGACAGAGGAGAAGCAGCAGCAGCAGCAGCAGGAGGCGGCGCAGGAGGAGCAGCAAGAGGAGCAGGAGCACUCCACCAUGCCCGAGCACCCCGGCAGAGACAGUGACAGUGAGGACAGUGGAGCGGAGGAGGGGCCUUAGGCUGCUAAACCCCGUCCCUCCACUCUGACACACGAAGUGAACUGCCCAAACCGUACAGACCCGCCCCUUCCCCCCUCCCCCUCCCCCUCCCCCUCCCCCUGCCCUCUGCCCUAAUGGAGCAGCCCUGCUUUUUCAGGAGUGUUUUUUUUUCCCCCUGCGGUAAUUAUUGGAAAGAGAUCAGCUUCCUACGAAAAUGAAACCAUGAGUAUGUUCAGUUCUUAUUCUGAGAAUGUCUUUUUGUGUACUUUUUUAAGUAAAAGGUUAAAAAUA